CUUCUGUAAGAGAUUCUUGACAUUUUCAGCCUCGCUGUAUUCGCCAUGUUAUGUAGACGUUGACGCAGUCUUCUAGGCUGACAGGACAGCCUCACCAACCGCAUUCCUGAAUCUAUCAAGAUGGCUGCUGUUACAGCUCACCCGUUUGAGCGACGCGUCGCUGACACUCACAUCUCAAAGACGUAAAAUGGGAAUCUCUCUGAACACCUUGAGGAGAACUAUGUUAUUUUGCUUUCUGAAAAAGAGUCAAAUGAUGUGAACAACCUCAUAAUGGACUAUUUGAUCACAGAAGGGUACCCGUCAGCUGCUGAAAAGUUCGCCUCCGAAGCCAAUAUUCGACCUCGCGCCGACUUCAGCUGCAUCCAAGAACGUGUCCAGAUUCGAGAUUCCAUUCAUCGGGGGGAUCUACAAGCAGCCAUCGAGUUCAUCAAUGAGCUGAACCCUGAACUCCUUGAUACCGACAAAAAGCUCCACUUCUCGCUUCUGCGGUUGCAGCUUGUCGAACUCAUCCGUCAGAGUUUUGCUUCCUCAGAUGCUACUCUCGUAGGCAGAGCCAUUGAGUUUGCUCAGAACAACCUAGCACCAUACGCGCCUCUCGAACAACAAUUCAAAAACGACCUCGAAAGAGCGAUGGCACUUCUGAUAGUUCCCAAGGACUCGUGGACCAAAGCAGCUUCCUCAAGCUCAUCUGGUCAAUCAACGUCACAAGUCCAGGCCGAUUUCGGUGCUUUGGCUGAACUUGUGGACCCGUCAUUACGACGGAAGGUCGCUAAGGACGUCAAUGAAGCCAUUCUCCAGUCCCAGGACCAGAGAAGAGAAGCAAACAUCCGGUACCUUGUAAGAGCUCGCGCAUGGGCCGAAGGGCUUGCGAGGGAGAAGAAGGUGGACUUGCCAGAAUUUCUCAGCCUUGGUCUUGAUGCCGACGCGCACCCAAAGGAUAGCCACAACGGACACCAUGGAGAUACUGAGAUGACAGAAAAUGGUGCCGAAGACGGUGCUGGCGGUGGUGAUGCCGAUCUUGCCCGCUAUACGAAUAUUACAUCUUGAGGUCCGACCAGAAGUACCAAUCAUUAUGCUGCUUGGAUUGAAGGGUAAAGCCGAAUACCAACUAUGGAUACAGAGCACUUAGAUGUGCUUACAUGACUACU